UGGUGGUGGAGAUUGGUAUAUGUAAAGAGAUUGGUGAGGUGUAUAAUAUCCCUGGUUCUUUCACCAAAUUCAUCUUCUCCGAUCCGAUAUGGGCAACUGUCAGGCCGUUGAUAACGCAAGUCUUGUUCUACAAACCCAAAAUGGGAGAGCUCAGAGAUUCUAUUCGCCCAUCUCCGCCGCACAAAUCAUGAAGCUCCACCCUGGUCACUACGUCGCCCUCCUCCUUACCACCACCUUCUACUCCUCCUCCGACCACCAUCAACAUCCCAACACCACCUCCUCCGACCACCAUCAACAUCCCAACCUAAUUAACCCUACCACCACCACCACCACCCAACAACCUCUUCGCGUUACUCGCAUCAAACUUCUACGACCCACCGACAAUCUUGUCCUUGGCCAUGCUUACAGACUCAUCACCACUCAAGAGGUGAUGAAAGGAUUAAAGGCCAAGAAAAACGGAAAAUUGAUUGAUAAUAAUAAUACGAGUUCUCAGCCGCCGGAGUCUCUCGGAGUAAGUGAAGCUAAUUCAGAUUGUAAAGCGGCAGCCUCAAGAUCUCAUCAAUCUGGGAAAACCCACCACCAGAUGAAGAAACCUGAUAAACAUCGUCCGCGGACGGCAGUUCCGGCGAAGUCGGCAGCCGCCGGAAGCAAACCAAGAAGCUGGCAUCCAUCGUUAAACAGUAUCUCAGAGGCAACAAACUAGCUAGCUUUGUUCAUAUAUCGACCCUUAAUUUUAAUUAAUUAUUAAUUUUUUUUUUAGAAUUUUUUGUGGAAAGAUGGAGAUUGCAUUGUCGCAUGAAGAAUUAUGCAAUUUCUUGAAGAAUGAGAUAAUGAUUUUGUGAUCUUUCAAGAAA